AUGAAGACGCUCUCUUCGCUUGGCCUUUGGGCCACUCUCUUGUUAGCUUUCUCAUCAACCGAAGCCAUUGGAACGCCUCACGAGAAACGAAUGACACCUUUGCACGAUGUGGUCGCUCGAAGGCGGCUCCACGAGCGUACCGUACUGCCCAUGAGGAUAGGCCUGAAGCAGAACCCAGAAGCACUUGCAAAGGCCGAAGCAUGGCUUAUGAGUAUCUCCAAUCCCGCCUCGAAGGACUACGGCAGCUCUUGGUCUCAGGACGACAUUGUUGAAGCCUUCGCACCUUCCGACGAAGCUAUUAGCAACGUUACGGGCUGGCUACAUUCGGCAGGCGUAUUGGACUUCACUCACAGCGACAAUAAGCUCUGGAUUGCAUUUGAAGCCUCUUCGGACUUUGCAGAGUCACUUUUACAAACCCAGUACGAGGCCCACACUCUGGCUGAUGGAUCUCUGCAAGCUGCCUGCAACGAGUACCACCUACCAGAACAUGUCAGACAAUAUGUGGACUACGUGACCCCCGGAGUCAAAGGAAGCGAGAUCGUUCCUCGACGUCGUCUUCCCGCCAAGAGACAACCAAACGUUCGCAACAUCUCCGCCGUACAGCUACUGGGCCUGCAGUUGGAGCAACGGCCAAGAACUCCUCCAGCCUUGAGGACUGUCAUGACCUUGUUACUCCAGCUUGCAUUAGGGCGCUGUAUGAUCUUCCGCUUGCGGAUCCAUAUGAGGCAGUCAGUUGCAACAACUCGCUGGCUGCGAUACAAGCAGAUCAACGGCACCCAAGACUUCCCGGCACUCAGGAACAACAGCACUUUCGAUCAGCCUUACGUCUUUGAGCAGUUAGAAGCCGACCUCGAUGUAGCCUGCGCCUUACCCAUCGUCUAUCCUCAAAACAUCACCAUGUUCCAGACUCCCUACUCUUCUCACGCCACAAGGAACACCACCCUCGCCGAGAUCACCCGUAACGACACCGACAGCAUGAACACCUUCCUCGACGCCAUCGACGGCUCUUACUGCAAGUACAAAGAUCAGACCAGCCCGACGGGAGGUAAACUCGAGUGUGGCAUCUUCAAGCCCCCAAACGUCCUCUCCAUCUCAUACGGAUGGUACGAACGCGACUAUCCGCCAAUGUGGCAGGAGCGGCAGUGUAACGAGUAA